CAAGAGGGGUGGUGUGGGAGGGCAGGGAUGCGGCAGCCCCAGAGGAGCCCAGGGUUCUGAGGUGGCCCUCUGGGGGGCUGGAGCAGGUGGUACCCAGGACCAUCCAGCUGAGAUGGCCUCGUUAACGGAGGAUGUGGAGCAGGAGCUGAGCGCCACAGCCCAGCAAGUGCUGGGGAAACUGUGGAGCCACCAGCUGUUCCAGUCCAAGUGGGACACCGGUGCCUUCAUCAUCUUCCUCGUCUUCCUCGGCGUCGUGGCGCUCCUGCUGCUGGUCGUCUGCAUCCAUUGCUGCUGCUGUGGCUGCUGCCAAAGCCGCUCCUCCAGGUCCCGGAAGAAACACUCCGUGGGAUUUGAUAACCUUGCCCUGGAGCCUUAAUGCGGAGAGUCCUUGCUCCCCUGCCUUUGUCCUGCUGGGCAG